AAAUUUGUUCAGUUGCGCAUAAUUUCGGGGUAUUGUUAGUUUGUGUAUAAAUGCAGGUGGGGGCUAGCGGUGGUCGUGUAUAGUAUAUACCGACUGGUCAUACUCAGACCUGCCAAAAUGCUGCCUAUAGUGUUGGUUUUACUCGUCGCGCAAAGCGCCUUCGGCGCACCCGCCGUGCAACUGUCCCUGGCUAACUUCAACGAAGUUGCCCCCUCCAAGGACAAUGGACGACUCGUCAACCGACACGUGAGCGACGGAGCGUUCGACCUGAUCGACCGCGGAGAGCUGAACGUGUACACACUAACCGCCGUGAACGUGCUGGGAGACCUCGCUGGAGCCCCCGACUCCUACAGCCAGGCGCUGGCCGUGGGACAGACCAUCAACCUGCUGGCUGAGCUCACCGGGCCCGCUAGCGACGGAUGCGAAUACACUAACAUCAUCAACGAGGCCGUCAGCGGCAACAGCGGCGCGGCGCAGCGCGCGUACGCGAACCGCCUUGCCCGCAACAUCGACACCAUCGUCAAGUUCGCACAGAAUCCCAACGCAGCUCGUCUGGCCGCCAGCCGUAACGGAAGCUGCGCAGGAGGUGCCCGUGGAUUCAACCUGGAGGCCGCCUGGGACUCCAUCCUCAGCAACGCCAGCCAGAUCGGACUCCUGAACGAGCAGUACUGCACCGUGAAGCGUCUGUACGGAGCCACCUCAGCCAGCUCCAACUCCGCCGCCGCCGCCCUCACCGCCGCGUCACUGGCCCCCAGCGCCUACGUCAACGAGGCUGCCCUCGGACCCCUGGCUAACUUCCUGAGGAGCGUCGCCUCCGGUGCCAACCCCGCCCAGGCCGGCCUCGCCGCCCAGCGCGCCAUCCGCUCCGCAGUCUAGACUGGACCUAGGACACCCUAGAUAUACCUAUAGUAUCACACAUAUAUCAUACACACCAACUCCACGGCAAUAGUCUAGUACUGACCAGAUCCCAAAUGACGGUCGCUCUAUUAUGCAUAUUUAUGUAUAUUUGAUUUCAUAAUUCGAGAACAUUCGAUCAUCAAAAUGAAAGAUCUUAAUAAUAUUAUCUUUAUGUAAAUAUACGUUUUAUUCGACCCUUAACGAACCGGCUUUUCAUUCUGGCUACCGAGAGCGUUCUUGUUAAACAAAGAUGUAUCCAGUUUCUUAUUCGGCUGUUUUAUAAAAUAUGUAUGUAAAAGUAAAAUAAAAGUACAUAUGUAUAUUUUGAUGAAAAUAUUGACUAUUUAGCAAAUUGGCACGGGAAAGCCUGGGACCUUCAAACCACCCAAGUAUCCAGGUGCUGACGCAGAGCUGGCAAUUACAAAUAAUUGUCUAGUCAUUAUUUUUACAACCAUUGUGAUUUAUUUGUAUUUAAGUACGAUAGUUUAAGUAUAAAAUUAUAGAUAUGUAUUGCAUUACA